AUGAAUAUUAACUUGAAAAAUAAGCUUUUAAAUGACAUAACAGUCAAAGGGUUAAUUGAAGUGUUUCCACAAUCUCCACACAUUCUUUAUGAUGCAUUAGACGGGAGAAAAGAUUCCGAAUGUUUGCUGGGGGGCAAUGGAAAGGUCAUUAAGAUUUCGUAUCAUGAUCAUCGUCUUCUGGAAGAUGAGAAAGGGAGAAAAAUCUUUAAUAUUUAUCUGCUGACGAUGAACGAGAUCACGCGUGCUAUUUACAUAAAACAUGUAAGCAUGAAAUCAACAUCAAAUCAACCGCUAACAGCGAUUAAAAUUAUGAGGUUCACUUUAAAUUCCCUUUCAACCAUUUUUCUUAAAUCAGGAUGGUUUUCAAUGUUAUGUCACUUAAACUUUCAACUCUAUUAUGAUGAGAGUUUAAGUGACUUAGUGAGAAGACUUCACUUUACUUCCAAGUGUUUCAUAAAAGUUGAAAGAAAAGUUUGGAGAAAAAUUCUUUUAGUUGAACCUCGUCAAAUGAUUCAUGUUACAUUUAUCGACGUUUACGUGGCCUUCGGCUUAAGGAUCGUGAAAAAUGAGCUGUUAAUGUUGAAUAAAAAAUAA